GGCGUCACGGCGGCUGUGAGAUGUGAAAAUGUGUAACAGGAAUCGAGGUAUGUUAUUAGGUUUUCUGUUCCUGGAGGCUGCGACAUAACAGCGAAGCACAGGUGCCUUUAAUUAAAUCCCAUCAAGACGAGACCAUAGUGGAUUUUACGCGUUGCUACUUUCCGGCAUGAAUGAUGAUGAUGCCAUUCACAGGUUGGAGGGCUGUGACCCUGGCAGUCAGAUUGGGGGAUUGAUAAUAAAAAAGAAGAGUGCCACUGUUGAUCAGCAUAUCUUCCGUGCCCCAGCACCAAAGACCUCACUACUGGGGCUUGAUAAAUUGGCUGCCCAGAAGAGAAAAGAGCGGGAAGAGAAAGAAGAAAAAGAAGAAAAGGAGGAAAAGAAGAAAUCCAAGGUGUCAUCAUACAAGGAUUGGGAAGAGGGAAAGGAAGACUUUGCCCCUGUUGAUGACAGUGAUAGCAAAGCUGGCAAAGCUGGUAAAAAGGAGAGAUACUAUCGUACUUCUGGUGCGGAGACACCCUCACACACAGGUGGGGUUAGUGAAGAAUUCAAGGAAAAGCAUCGACAAAGAGAACGGGAUCGCCGAGAACAUGGAGUUUAUGCGUCUUCAAAAGGCAAUGAUAAGGAAAAGAAAAGGGAUCGAAGUAGAGACCAUGAUCGUGAAUCAAGGAGGGACAGAGAUGAUCGAGAAUGGAGCAGGUCCAAUUCUUCUAGACUAAAGGACAAAGAUAGGUCAGAGCGAAGUGAGAGAGGCUAUAGAGACAGCUGCUCUGAUCGAAGCAGAAGCAACAGAAAGGAUGAACCAGGCACGCCCAGGCACAGAUUGAAAGAUGCUCUUACUCCUUCCCGAUCUAGCUGGGAUGAUGAUGACAGUGGGAAUGGAAGUUAUUCCCAUCGAUCUCAGUGGGAAUCUCCAUCUCCUACUCCCUCACAAAGGGAUUUGGAUAAAAGUGAAAGAAGUUAUCGAAGUUCAGGUCGGGACACAGAUAGGCGUGAUAAGGAAAGAUCUAGAAGGAUCCAUUAUGAAGAGGAUACACCUUUACUGACACCAUCAUAUAAAUUCAAUGAAUGGGCUGAUGACAGAAGGCAUCUGGGAGCAACACCUCGACUUUCUAAAGGCAAAGGUAGAAGAGAAGAAGGUAAAGAUGGCAUUUAUUUUGAGAAUGAAGAUGAGCAAAGGCAGUGGGAAGAAGAUCAAAGGCAAGCAGAUAGAGAUUGGUACAUGAUGGAUGAAGGACAUGAUGACUUCCAUAAUCCUCUGGCAUACACUUCAGAAGAAUAUGUGAGGAAACGGGAACAAUUACUGCAAAAACAGACUCAGAAGAGAAUUUCUGCUCAGAGAAGACAAAUUAAUGAGGAUAAUGAGCGAUGGGAAACAAAUAGAAUGUUAACCAGUGGUGUGGUUCAGCGUCUAGAAGUGGAUGAAGAUUUUGAAGAGGACAAUGCAACUAGAGUUCAUUUAUUGGUGCACAAUUUAGUGCCACCCUUCUUGGAUGGACGGAUUGUCUUCACCAAGCAGCCUGAGCCAGUGAUUCCAGUAAAAGAUGCUACAUCCGAUAUGGCAAUAAUCUCUCGAAAAGGAAGCCAGCUAGUGCGUAGACACCGUGAGCAGAAGGAGCGCAAAAAGGCUCAGCAUAAACAUUGGGAGCUUGCUGGAACUAAGCUGGGAGACAUUAUGGGCAUAAAACAAGUGGACGAGAAAGAUAAAGAUGUAGAAGAAGAUGGGAAUGUGGAUUACAGAGUUGAUCAAAAAUUUGCCGACCACAUGAAAGACAAGAAUGUUGCAAACAGUGAAUUUGCAAAAAAGAAAUCGAUUCUUGAACAGAGACAGUAUCUACCGAUAUUUGCUGUCAGGGAGCAGUUGCUAAAUAUAAUACGUGAUAAUAAUGUGGUCAUUGUUGUUGGAGAAACUGGUAGUGGAAAGACCACUCAGCUAACACAGUAUCUUAGUGAAGAUGGGUAUUCAAACUAUGGUAUGAUUGGAUGUACUCAGCCCAGACGUGUGGCGGCUAUGUCUGUGGCAAAACGUGUUAGUGAGGAAAUGAAUGUGAACCUUGGAGAAGAGGUGGGUUAUGCUAUUCGAUUUGAAGAUUGUACUUCUGAAAAAACUGUCAUUAAAUAUAUGACAGAUGGUAUUCUACUUCGAGAAUCUCUGAGGGAAGCAGAUUUGGAUCAUUAUAGUGCUGUUAUCAUGGAUGAAGCCCAUGAGCGUUCUCUAAACACUGAUGUACUGUUUGGCUUACUUCGAGAGGUUGUAGCACGACGUGCUGAUCUAAAGCUAAUUGUUACCUCGGCAACUAUGGAUGCAGACAAAUUUGCAGUGUUUUUUGGGAAUGUUCCUGUGUUUCAUAUCCCGGGCCGGACAUUUCCAGUGGAUAUUUUCUUCAGUAAGACCCCCACAGAAGAUUAUGUGGAAGGAGGGGUUAAGCAGGCUCUUCAAAUUCAUCUGUCAAAUAUUCCAGGUGACAUACUGAUAUUUAUGCCAGGUCAAGAAGAUAUUGAGGUGACUUGUGAUCAGAUAGUUGAACGUCUGGAAGAACUAGAAAAUGCUCCCCAACUGGCAGUCUUACCAAUAUAUUCCCAGCUGCCUUCUGAUCUUCAGGCGAAGAUUUUUCAAAAGGCUCCAGAUGGAAUCCGCAAGUGUAUUGUGGCUACGAACAUUGCAGAGACGUCACUCACAGUGGAUGGCAUCAUGUUUGUUGUUGAUUCAGGAUACUGCAAAUUAAAAGUCUUUAACCCAAGAAUGGGUAUGGAUGCUCUUCAGAUUUAUCCAAUCAGUCAAGCCAAUGCCAAUCAGCGUGCAGGUCGAGCUGGGAGAACGGGUCCAGGCCAGUGUUUUCGGUUGUACACACAAAGUGCAUAUAAAAAUGAGAUGUUGACCACCACUGUACCUGAAAUUCAGCGAACAAAUUUGGCUAAUGUGGUCCUGUUGCUUAAGUCCCUUGGUGUUCAAGAUUUACUCCAGUUUCACUUCAUGGACCCGCCACCUGAAGAUAAUAUGUUGAAUUCUAUGUAUCAACUUUGGAUCCUAGGUGCUCUUGACAAUACAGGCAGCCUGACUCCAACUGGAAGGAUGAUGGUUGAAUUCCCACUUGAUCCUGCUCUCUCAAAGAUGUUGAUAGUGUCAUGUGACAUGAGCUGUAGUGCUGAUGUCCUUAUCAUUGUGUCAAUGCUUUCGGUGCCUGCCAUCUUUUAUCGACCAAAGGGCCGAGAAGAAGAGAGUGAUCAGAUGAGGGAGAAGUUUGCUGUGCCAGAAAGUGACCAUUUGACAUAUCUUAAUGUUUACCUGCAGUGGAAAAAUAACAAUUAUUCUACUAUUUGGUGUAAUGAACACUUUAUUCACGCCAAAGCCAUGAGGAAGGUUCGAGAAGUUCGAUCUCAGUUAAAGGAUAUAAUGGUGCAACAACGCAUGAAUAUUGUAAGCUGUGGUACUGACUGGGAUAUCAUCAGAAAAUGUAUCUGUGCAGCUUACUUUCAUCAGGCUGCAAAACUCAAGGGUAUAGGAGAGUAUGUGAAUGUGAGAACAGGCAUGCCGUGCCAUUUGCAUCCAACGAGUUCACUUUUUGGCAUGGGAUACACACCAGAUUAUAUUGUAUACCAUGAACUGGUGAUGACUUCAAAGGAGUACAUGCAGUGUGUUACUGCAGUGGAUGGAGAGUGGUUAGCUGAACUUGGGCCAAUGUUUUAUAGCGUUAAGCAAGCUGGUAAAACGCGACAGGAGAAUCGUCGACGUGCCAAAGAGGAAUUGUCGUCUAUGGAAGAGGAAAUGGCUGUGGCACAGGAACAGCUUCGGGCACGGAAGGAAGAACAGGAAAAAAAGAAUAGUCUGAACAGUGUGAGGUCAGUCAAGAUCUAUACACCUGGGCGGAGGGAGCCGGGAACACCACUGACGCCACGCCAUACACCAGCGCGCUUUGGACUUUGAUUGUUUUUUAAACUUUUGUAUAAAAACUGUCCAAAUAUUCAUAUCUUUAAAUUUAUAUUUGUAUAUUAUCCAUGGGAGAUAAAACUUACCAACAUUUUUCUAUUUCUUUAGCAAAACAAAUUUUGAUGUGUGGGUUUUUCAUUUUGUUACAGUGGUAUUAAUGAUGAAUACAUUUAUCAUCACUGUGGAGUGCAUUUACGUCAGAACAAUAGCAGUCUCUUUGCAGUCAUCAUGAGAUUUGAGUAGUUGAUCUGUGCCCAGGGAGUACAGGCAAAUAACUUUCUUUGUGAUGUACAGAAGAAACUUCCAAUGGAUAUUUGAAUUACUAAUUUUUAUGCUGCUGUUAUUUCUUUAUCACAUUGCUUCGAUUUGUAAUUUUUUAAAAGAAGUCCUUGAAAUUUUACUUCCAGAUUAAAAUGUGUGUAAUGACACAAUGCAAGAUAUUACAAAUUGUAAUAAUCUAAAACAUUGCCUUUUGCAAGGGGAAUUACUGUACAAGAGAUUUCUAUCUACACUGGCUUUUAUUGCAUCUUCAUCUACAAGAGAUCUUCUGAACCAAACAAGUUUUGUUAAAAGGAAAUGAAAUGAACAGUCCUCAGUACAACAGAAUGAACUUUUAAAAAAAGCAUAAAGGAGAAUACUGGAUCAAACUUGGAUUUGAAGGUCGAGAAUAAAUGGUAAUUUCCAAAUUCAUGUAGUUGAAAUCUUUUGCAAAAACAAUAGGAUCUAUUAGGCAUCCGAUAUUAUUAGACAACUUUUAAGCAAGCAAAAUUUACUUGCAUUCCAAUUAUUUUUUUCUUUCCUACUCUUAAAUUUGUCAAGCCAGGCAGGUUUUAUGUGGAAUGUUCUUCAAAUAUAGUUUUGCAACAGAGAUGUAGCUUCAUGCUUUAUUAACAGAAUAGUGCCAGUUUUCAAUUUGUUAUUUGGAUGAUUGAACAAAAACGGAAAAUGCUGAAAACACUCAGCAGGUUAGGUAACAUCCCUGGAGAGACGAACAUGGUAACCUUUCAAAUAAAGCAGAACAUAGAACAGUACAGUAUAGAACAGCACAGUCCCUUUGACCCACAAUGUUGUGCCAUCAUUUUAACUUGCAUCAAAAUAAAUCUAAUGCUUCCCUCCCACAAAGCCCUCUGUUUUUCUUUAAAUCAUCAUUUUUUUAUUGGAACAGGGAUUCCAGAAGAGAUAAAAAUGGUUUUAAGAUAGGAAAAAGCUAGAGAGGAAAAGACUAACUAGAAAAAAAAUAGAAAGAAGGCUGGAGCAAUACUGUAUAUAAAAAUGUAUAAUGGAUAAAUAACGAUAGGACAAGAUAACAAAAGCAUAGAGCAGAACUGAAAUGUUAAUUCUCUUUUCUUUGCAUUGAUAACUACCUCUCUGGUGAAUGUAACGAGUUUUCUGCUUUUAUUUCAGAUUUCAUACACUUCUUCAUUUUGCUUUUGAGAAUUUGCACUCUAAUUAUAUACAGUACUUUCAAAAGGUUUCUGUUGGAUUGUUCUGACACUGAAAUUCAAAAUGCUUGUGAUUUUAAAAAAGACAGCUAAAAAUUUGCAAAUCUUUUGGUUAACUGUUUAAAUUUUUUAAAACUAUUUGUAUAUUCCUAAAGUUGCAUUCAGUAAUAUCUCAAAACACUUCUCAGCUUCUAAUUAUUACUCCCAGAAAAUUAAAUUUAGUUUUUUAAAUAUUCAAUUUGCAAUUUAUAUUUUAUUUUAAUAUUUAUUGCACAAUUUUAGCCGUAAACUGGAUUGCAUCCUCCUUUAACAUUCCUAUUUCUCUGAACCCAUCUUCAUAAGCAUGGAGUCCAAAUGCCACAGUUAAACUGAGAGAAAAUUAAAUUUACUUGACUCUGCCAUCAAGUUUUAACUUUGCUGAGGUUCUUCCAUCCAACUGUUCUUAACUAAUAGAGUUUUGAUUUUGCACAUCUCAUAAUAUUGCCUUAAAUGAUAUGAUAUUUUAUGGUAGAAAUCUGAAUUUGAGUACUUGUACUUGACUGGAAUCUCAACAGGUAUUGCAGGGGUGACUUAAGAAAUGAACUUGGACCAUAAUUGUCUGCAAGAUCCCAUUGAAAUUCCAUUGCAUUUAGCUUCCAUUUGUACUGCCCUUGGCCUCAUCAGUGUUGUACAGUAUUUCACAAACUUCAGCGGUAAAAAGCAGGUCAGGAAGGAUCACUGCCUGGAAUGUCAACUGUUUAUUCCUUUCCAUGGAUAAUGUUUGACUUGCUGAGUUCCUCCAGCAUUUUGUAUGUUAUUAAGGAUUAAUGAAGACCACUACUGAAGUUGUACAGUGGUGCAGCAGUUCCUGUAUAUGGCUCAAAGGUCGAGAGAACUCUGUAUGAUCCUAAUCUUGGAUGCAGUCUGUACGGAGUUCUCAAAUUCAAGUUUAAUUAUCAUUCAGCUAAAUGAAACAGCGUUCCUCAAGGUACAAAACAGUACCAACAAUCACACACGGCACAUAGCACAUAUACUGUACUGUAGUGCAUAUAGUUAUGAUAGCAGGAAUAUAUACAGUCACAAAAAAAAGCCCAAAUUUCUGAGUGGUAUUGUCUGUAGAUAGAUGGUGCAUGGGAUGUUGUCCUGGACUUGUGCUUCUGCAAUAACAAGCACAUAGCAAUUCCUCAUCAAGCAUUUUUCCCAUUAUCACAUGAGGGUUUCUCCAAGGUUCUUUUGUUUCCAUCCACAUAACAAAGACAUUUGGUUAAUUGGAUCCCAAAAUUGUUAUUAGUGCAGGUGGGUAGCAAGAUAAUUGUGGUGGGAGCAUGAUUUUGAUGCUAGAGGAAAAAUGGGAUUAGAUUAGGUGGAUGGUUGGUGGUUGGCAUGGAUAAGUGAACCAAAAGGUCUGUUACCAUGAUUCUUGACUCUUAUAAGACGAUAAGAUAUCAGAGCAGAAUUAGGCCACUUGGCCCAUUGUGUCUGUUCAUGGCUGAUCCAAUUUUCCUCUCAGCCCUAAUCUCUCUUUUCCCCACAUCCCUUCAUGCCCUGACCAAACAAGAAUCGAUCAACCUCCACCUUAAAAGACUUGGCUUCCACAGCUGCCUGUGGCAAACAGUUCCACGGAUUCAUCACUCUCUGGCUAAAGAAAUUUCUCAUCUCCAUUCUAAAAAGACGCUCCUCUAUUCUGAGUGUCUUGUGGUCUUAGACUCACCUACCAUAGGAAGCAUCCUUUCCACAUCCAUUCUAUUAAAGCCUUUCACCAUUUGAUAGGUUUCAAUGAGGUCACCCCUCAUUCUUCUGAAUUCUAUUGAAUACAGGCCCAGAGCCAUCAGAUGCUCCUCAUAUGACAAGCCAUCUAAUCCUGGAAUAAUUUUCAUGAAACUCCUUUGAACCCUCUCCACUUGCAGCACAUCCUUUCCAAGAUAACAGGCCCAAACCCGCUCACAAUACUCCCAAGUGAGGCCUCACCAGUGCUUUAUAAAGUCUCAACAUUACAUGUUUGCUUUUAUAUUCUAGUCCUUUUGAAAGAAUGCCAACAUUGCAUUUGCCUUUCUCACCACAGACCCAACCUGCAAAUUAACCUUUAGGGAACCCUGCAAGAGAACUCCCAAGUUUCUUUGCACCUCAGUUUUCUGUAUUUUUUUCUCCAAUUAGAAAAUAGUCAACUCUUUCACUUGUUCUACAAAAUUACAUGGCCAUACACUUCCCAACACUGUAUUUCAUCUGCCAUUUCUUUGCCCAUUCUCCUAAUCUGUCUAAAUCCUUAUGUAGCUUUUCUACUUCCUCAAAACUACCCGUCCCUCCACCUAUCUUCAUAUCAUCUGCAAAUGUUGCAACAAAAUCAUCAAUUUCAUCAUCCAAAUCAUUGACAUAUAAUGUAAAAAGAAAUGGUCACAACACAGACCCCCGUGGAACACCAUGAGUCACUGGCAGCCGGUCAAUCUAUAUUUAACUAAACUUUAAUAAUCUUUCAUUCCUAAAAAAAUCAUAAGCUGAACCUAAAAGUGAAAGGAAAAUCAGUUUUAGAGAAUUUGGAAGAGGUGAAAAAAAGCAAAUGGCUGUACCAUAGUCAUGGUAUGCAGAAUUGAUAGUUAUAGUAUAAGUUAGCCAAUGGGAAUAUCAAUUAGCUGUAAAAUCGGCCUAGCUUCAAGUAGUGGAGAGUGAUGACUAUGCAAAGAGACAGUGGAGUGCUUCAAUAGGCUGCCAGUUUCUUGUGUAUAAAAAGUGCAGCUUUUUGCAUAUCAGUAUCAGAAUUUUCGUGUAUGUUUGUGUGAAGCCAUUCUUCAAUAAAUGUAAAAAUAUUUUACUGUAAAAUAAAUCCCAAAUCCUGUGUUCGGAAACUUAGAUUGUGAAAAAUAUGUGGAAGUGUUUAUCCAAUAAAUGUAGAAUUGUUUUAUUGAAAACAAA